GUUGAAAAUGGCACACUUGGUGAGCCCCACCCAGGUUAUUGCCGUCACCGCGGUGCUUAUCGCAACGACCUUUCUCUACACCAGAUUGUACCACAGGCGUUUCAAGCAGAAUGCCCACCUCCCACAACUCCCGUCUUCUCUUUUCUGGGGUCACCUCGCAGUUUUUAAUGACUUCAUCAAGCGAGGCUCUCAGGACCGCCAUCCAGAUGCUGUUUUUGCUGAGAUGCACGAAGCUCUAGGGAAGCCCGACAUAUUCCUAGUAGACAACUGGCCUGUUGUUCCCCCGAUGGCCAUAGUUGCUAGCCACGAAGUUGCAGAACAGGUGUCGCAUCCUUCCAAGCUCUUCCAGUAUAGCGCACCGAAAUCUUCAUCCCUGGACCCCAUCAUCAGCCUGAUCGGGCCCAAGUCCAUUUUGCGCAAACAGAAUGAGGAAUGGAAGGAAGUCCGCAGGAGGUUCAAUCCGGGAUUUGCGCCCCAGCACUUGAUGAGUCUGUUGCCCGUUAUUGUCGCGAAAUGCAAGCGUUAUAUCGAAAUCCUAGACCAUUAUGCCCGCAGCGGAGCUCCAUUCCCGCUCGAUCAGCCUACGACAAACCUGACUUUUGAUAUUAUUGGAGCGGUAACUAUGGGUGAGGACAUGAACGCACAGCACCUGGACACCACUCUCCAGGGACAGCUUAUCAUUAUGGUCAAGAAGCUAUUGAAGACAUAUGCAGAUGAUAAGCUCCAGCUGCCAUGGUGGCUUGCACCCCGGCUUUGGGUGAAGCGACACCGCCUCGGACUUCGCAUCUCGCAGGACCUGAGGCCCAUUGUGCGUCGCAACUUUGAAGAGAUGAAAUCUGUGAAUGGUGGCGAGGCUUCGAACAGCAGGUCCCGAAGCGUGCUGGCACUCAGUUUGAUAGAUGUCGAGGUUCUCACACCUGAGAUUAUGGAAGAGACGUGUGACCAGCUCAAGACAUUCCUCUUCGCAGGGCACGACACCACCAGCACCACGAUCAUCUGGAGUAUCUAUGAGCUCUUGCGGACACCGCGUGCUCUCGAUGCCGUCAACAGCGAGCUAGAUCGACUCUUUGGGCCAAGAGAUGCUGAUGCUAGUGGGAACAUUAUCCGUGAGAAGCUUCUGGGGCCUGGAGGCCAGGAGCUUGUUCACCGCAUGAUGUACAUUUCAGCUGUCAUCAAGGAAGUUCUGAGACUGCAUCCCCCAGCGGGCUCUAUCCGCACGUCGUAUCCCGGCACAGGAUUCGUAGUGUCCACUAAACAAGGGGAGUACAACCUUGACGGUGACUGGAUCUACCUCAACCACAAUAUCAUGGGUCGCGACCGUGCCGUAUUUGGAGAUACGGCUGACGAUUUUGUUCCCGAGCGUUGGCUUGAUGACAGUCCUGCGUGCCCGGCCAGCGCCUGGAGGCCGUUCGAGAGGGGACCGAGGAACUGCAUCGGGCAGGAGCUGGCAAACAUUGAAGCGCGUGUCAUCCUUGCCAUGCUCACUCGCCGAUAUGAGUUUUCCAAGGUCGGUCUGGGUGAGUUUGCCUUAGGCCAGGACGGUCAGCCGUUGUUAGAUAACAAGGGUCGCCGCAAGGUCAAAUCUGAGCUGUAUUCUACGAUCCAAAUUAGCGGCAAGCCAGUGGAUGCGAUGAUGAUGAAAGUGAAGUUAUAUUGAGGUUAUAAGUCGAAGGCGGGGGUUUUGGGCCGGGGUAGUUUUGGGCCACCCUGGCCACCCUCAUCAAAUACACACACCCAUAUAUAUAUAUACUGUUUAUCUAUUCUAUUCACUUACUACGAUGCAAUCCUUCUUAUCAGUAG